AGUUGUGUUGUGUUUGGCACCAUACAAACACAAACUUUUAUCCUCUCCAUCUUCCCUUCACUUCAAUUCACUCUUUGCUCCUUUUCUGUUUCUUCCUCUCACUCUCUCUCUCUCUCAUCCCAUCUUCCAAAUUUGACAACCAUUUUAUCUGUAGUUUCCUCAUUUCUCUUCUUUUGUUCUCACACGUGUGUAAUUCUUGAGCACCAGAAGUUUAAUGGAAACUUGACUAUCAUCAACUUCUCCUGUUUUGGGAUUUCUGGAGUUUGACUGAAUGAACUCCCCAUGCCUUUAUUAGAUAUUGCUAUUCCGCAGUCUUCCUUCCAGAACUAUUUGGAGCAAUCAAGGGUGCAGCCAUCUAUUUUUUGUAAUAUACACAACUCUUGUCUGUUACAGCAUGAGGACAGAUGGGCAUCAUUUCGAAAGGCCUUUCAGAAUUCAAGAAACUUAAACUUUAAUUCAAGUCAUUUUCAUAAGAAAUCGCACCGUAAGUUUUUGGUUAAAGCUGUCGCCACUCUUGAACCAAAGUGUUCUGUUGAAAGUAAAGAUGCGGAGAAGCAAAGCAAUGUAUUGUCAAUUACCAUCGAAUCACAUGGAGAUUCAGAGGAACUUGAUGAGAGAGAAAAAUUGAGACGUAUACGGAUUUCUAAAGCAAAUAAAGGAAACACACCAUGGAACAAAGGCAGAAAGCACAGUCCUGAAACUCGCCAACGUAUCAAGGAGCGGACAAGACUUGCUAUGCAAAACCCUAAGGUGAAAAUGAAGUUGGCAAAUAUUGGUCAUGCACAAAGGUGGGUCCAGAUCAGUCAAGAGACAAGGGAAAAAAUUGCUGCUGGAGUGCGGAUUGGCUGGCAAAAACGUCGUGAAAAGCUAUUGGUUCAGGAAACCUGCCUCUUUGAUUGGCAGCACAUGAUUGCUGAAGCUGCUCGGAAAGGUCUUGAAGAUGAGGAAGAGUUGCAGUGGGAUUCCUACGAGAUCAUCAAUGAGAAAUUGCAGCAGGAGUGGUUGGCUAGCAUUGAGUACAGGAAAUUGACUCCCAGAACCAAAGGUAGCAAGAGAGCACCAAAAUCUCUUCAGCAACGGAGAAAAAUUGCUGAGGCCAUUGCUGCUAAAUGGGCGGAUCCUGAAUACCGUUCGAGAGUGACUAGUGGCUUGGCUAAAUAUCAUGGAAUACAAGAGGGAGCUGAGAGAAAGGUAAGAAAGAAAUCGCAGUCCCCAAGAACUCCUAAGAAAAAGAUCAGCACUGCAGAAGGGUCCACUGCAUCUGAAAUAAAGGGAAAGACUCAACAACCCAAGCUGAAGAAGAGAACCACUCCUAAGUACAAGGAUCCUUUGGCAAAUUCCAAAUUGGAAAUGUUGAAGAACCUCAGGGCACAGAGACUGGCAUCAGAAGCAAUGAAGAACGAAGCCUUGGAACGAGCAAAGCUCCUGAUAGCAGAAGCAGAGAAGGCUGCGAAGGCCCUCGAGAUUGCUGCAACGAGAAGCCCAGUUGCUCGAGCUUCCCUUAUUGAGGCAAGAAAGCUCAUCCUGGAAGCUACUCAAUCUAUUGAAUCAAUAGAGAACGAACAGAUUACAUCUGUAGAUGAUCUGACAUUGGGGCCACAAAAUCAUGCUCAGAAGAACGAACAUCCCCUCACAAAUGGCGGAUCGGUGCAAAAAUCUGAUGGCCAAAAUCCAGAUAGCAGUGUCUAUAAGAUGCCUAUGCUGGAAGAACUAGACAUGAAUCACCAUAAAGGGGUGAAUGGCACCAGCACUGGGUAUGUACAAAGAACAAGGAGCCAACAUCCAGAUAUUGAUUACUAUAAGAUACCUAUGCUAGAAGAUAUGAACGUGAAUCACCCGCUUCCAAGACAAGUUGGUGGGUAUGAGUUUUCAAAACUUGAUAUUGGGAGUUUCAUGGGUAAAUCUGAGUUAAGAGAGCUCAUUGAUCAACAACUUCUGCAUGAACUAAAUGGUGCGACCAAAUUGAAUGGUAUCUCUUCGCACGACCACAUAACAAAAUUGCAAAAUCAUGAAGAACAAGUACCUCCUGCUUCUGCAGAGACCGUUACCAAAAAAUGGGUCUGUGGAAGACUGGUUGAAAUAGGGGAAGGUGAGUGAAAAUACAGUGCAAAUUCGGUAAAGUUAUCAUGAAAACUAGUGUUCCUUCAAAACUUCAAGAGGAGAGCUAGCAGAGAAUGCGGGAGAUCUGAAGGCGCUCCAGGUAGAAUUCUUGUUUAAGUAGGCGACCAAGAAAAAUUUACAUAGCACCACAUUUUCUUUUGUAUUAUCCAUUGGUUAUUAUUAUUACUGUAGUUUGAAGAAUUUUGUAGUCGCAGGAUCAUGAUUGUAUAUGUUGUAUUGGACGAAAUAAUUUGGUUCGAGAUAAUCUUCUUACUA